AUGGGGGCACAUAAAUGCUUUCGGUGUGGAAAGAAUUUCAGAUACAGAUCAAAGCUCCUUGUGCACCAAAAAAUACACACAGGGGAGAAACAUUUUCAGUGCUCCGAGUGUGGAAAGAACUUCAGUCACAGUGGCCCUCUUCAACAGCAUCAAAGAACCCACACUGGGGAGAACCCUUUUGUAUGCUCUGAGUGUGGAAAGAGAUUCACUCAAAAUGGGCCCCUUCAAAGACAUCGAAGAACCCACACAGGGGAGAAACCUUUUGAAUGCUCAGAGAAUGGAAAGAGAUUCAGUCGCAGUGGCAAUCUUCAACAGCAUCAAAGAACCCACACAGGGGAGAAACCUUUUGAAUGCUCAGAGUGUGGAAAGAGAUUCAGUCUCAGUGGCAAUCUUAAACAGCAUCAAAGAACCCACACAGGGGAGAAACCUUUUGCAUGCUCAGAGUGUGGAAAGAGAUUCAGUCAGAGUAGCAAUCUUCAAAGCCAUCGAAGAACCCACACAGGGGAGAAAGCUUUUGCAUGCUCAGAGUGUGGAAAGAGAUUCAGUCAGAGUAGCAAUCUUCAAAGACAUCGAAGAACCCACACAGGGGAGAAACCUUUUGCCUGCUCAGAGUGUGGAAAGACAUUCCAUUUCAAUGGCAAACUUCUACAGCAUUUAAGAACCCACACAGGGGAGAAACCUUUUGAAUGCUCAGAGUGUGGAAAGAGAUUCAGCCAGAAUGGCAAACUUCUACAGCAUUUAAGAACCCACACAGGGGAGAAACCUUUUGAAUGCUCAGAGUGUGGAAAGAGAUUCAGCCAGAAUGACAGUCUUCAACAGCAUCAAAGAACCCACACAGGGGAGAAACCUUUUGAAUGCUCAGAGUGUGGAAGGAGAUUCAGUCAAAGUAGCAAUCUUAAAAAGCAUCAAAGAACCCACACAGGGGAGAAACCUUUUGAAUGCUCAGAGUGUGGAAAGAGAUUCAGUCACAGUGGCAGUCUUCAUACGCAUCAAAGAACCCACACAGGGGAGAAACCUUUUGACUGCUCUGAGUGUGGAAUGAAAUUCAGUCACAGUGUUUGA